UGACUAAAAUUAUGUGUGCGUUUGAGCUUGGGCGGAGUGACGUCCGCUUUCAGAUACAGAGUGGUUUGGGCGGGCGGAUCGCAGACGCCAGUACAUUUGCUGAUAUCAAGCAGAAAACUCGUCUUUUAAGUGUAUUCCAAAAGUUCUGUGACCUUACAAAAUGCCUCCUAGAAACAAGGAACAAGAACAGGAGGUUCUCAACUGGAUCACAGCUGUUACUGGAGAGCCCUUGCCCAAUGGAGCUUAUGAAGAUGUACUGAAAGACGGUGUUGUUUUGUGUAAGCUUAUAAACAAAUUGUCUCCUGGAUCUGUUAAGAAGAUACAAGAGCGAGGCACGAACUUCCAACUUAUGGAGAAUAUUCAAAGAUUCCAGGCGGCCAUCAAAAAGUACGGCGUACCCGAGGAAGAAAUUUUCCAAACAGCCGACUUGUUUGAAAGACGCAACAUUCCCCAAGUGACCUUAUGUCUCUACGCGUUAGGAAGAAUUACUCAGAAACAUCCAGAAUGGACCGGUCCCCAACUCGGCCCCAAAAUGGCAGAUAAAAAUGAACGUACGUUUACUGAGGAACAGCUGAGAGCUCACAAUGCAGAACUGAAUCUUCAGAUGGGCUUCAAUAAAGGUGCUUCUCAAGCCGGCCUUGGAUCCUUUGGAAAUACACGCCAUAUGUAAUUGUCUUAUAUUAUUUAUACGUCUAGAUAGAUUGUGAUAGCUGUGAAAUUGUAGAAAAAAAAUGGGGUUGACAGUGAACCUCUAUUUUGAGCAAUGCACGCACACUAACACAAAGUGACAUACAAAUCGCGAGUGUAAGACGCAGCUUGUCACCCACACUGAACUAAUAAACCGGGCCUGUUUCCAUCGGUUGGCUAGCAGCAAGAGACUCUAUCUAGGCGUAUAAUUUGUCUAAGAUUAUUGUGUUCAAAUAUUUUAUUCGAUAAAGUGAUUAAUCAGUAUUUUCGUUUAAUGUGUAAGUUCUAUUAUUAUGUUUCAAUAUUUUUUUUACUUGCUUGCGGCAAUGAAUGUAUGUAAUAGCUUUUUACCAACUUCGCGAUUUAACUAUAAUAUUUAUUUUUAUUUAAGUAUUAUAUCUAACGUUUAUUGAUGUAAGUUUUGAUUAUAUUUUGUACAUAUUUUUACAAUAAACAUAAUGGUUUUUAAAAUGUUAA